AUUCAGCUCUGUAAGAGUCAUUCAGGUGUCAAAUUUCACCGUCUUGGAAAAAAUUCUUAGCUUCUCAUUGGCUAGAUUAUGACAUUUAUAGUGUCUACCAAGAUGGCUUAUACUUCUCAUUAUGGCUUGCAGUCCUCUCUCUUUAUAGAUUUUAGUUACUGAAUUUUAUAUUGGCACAGUGGUUUACAUACUUCUUGCAGACUGCAUUAUUAUAUAGUGAUGAGGUAAUAGAGGACUGCUGCACAUGUAUAUUUAUUGACAACUUGCAAAGUAAUUAUGUGGAACUGAAAUCAUCCUUAGAAUUCGUUUCUCUGUUGUUAUCCUUCUUUAGGCAAGUUCUUUCCUUAAUAAGCAAAGAUUAUAUACCUCUUUCCAGAAAGUGCUAAUUGAAUUGCAGGUAUAAUAAAAAUAUUCUACAGGCAGAAUUGUAGGAUAAGGUUGUGUACAAUAGACCCUUGUGGUCCGGCCCUUCCCCGGACACGCGCAUAGCGGGAGCUUAGUGCACUGGGCUGCCCUUUUUGUGUUUGUCACCUUCAGAUAAGAAUCCCUUUGCUCAAUGAUUGCCAAAGCUUUUUGCUUUUACUAGAUUCUUUUGAAUACUUCCUUUUCAUUUUUCAUUCACCCACUUUAUUCUCUUUCCUUUGCCUAUAUUUACCUAGAUUCUUUUGAAUACUUCCUUUUCAUUUUUCAUUCACCCACUUUAUUCUCUUUCCUUUGCCUAUAUUUACCCCCUUAUGAAAUCCUUUCUACCAUAAUAUUUUCAACCUCUUCUUUGCUCUCACAAAAUGACCAUGACUAUUCUUUACAGGAGGAAAACUAACCUGUAUGUCUUACUGUUACUCCACUUCUUUUGUUACUCUUGUUCCCAAAAGACAUGUCCAAACUGUGGUUCUCUAGAAGUUCCAUAUCCCUUGAGCACGAAUCCCAACUGUGGCAACCCUGACUAUUCUAUCCGUUGUGAUCCUCACUCUCACAAGCUCUAUCUUGAUACCCUUAAUGGAAGCUCUUAUGUCAUCCUCAGAAUUAUGGCCUCGUUCCAGCGUAUGGUGGUGCAACCAUCACCCUGGAUGCCUGGUACCUGUGUUACACAAGACAUGUCAGUGAGUGAGGGACUGUGGUUGAACCAGACUAUUCCGUUUAACGUUACUUCUUCUAACACUAUCUUCUUAUUUAAUUGUUCUCCUCGUCUUCUAGUAUCCCCUUUAAAUUGCACACCUUCUAGCUUGUGCCAUAAAUAUCUGCUUAGCUCUGGACAUGUAGAUGCUAAAAGGGAACUUCAGUGUGCAAGUGAUGUUGAUCCAUGUUGCACAUUUAUUGCUGGCGGUAUGCCCUCAGCAUACAAGAUACGCCUGCAUAUCUCGGGUUGCCAAGCAUUUAGAAGCAUUCUACACUUGGAUGCUAUGAAGCCAGCUAAUGAAUGGGAAGAGGGAUUGGAAAUUCAAUGGUCUCCUCCACCCGAGCCACACUGUAAAUCACAAUCUGAUUGCUCUGGAGCUUCUACAUGUUCACCUUCUGGUAAAAACGGUGUCUUUCGCUGUUUUUGCAAUCGUGACUAUUAUUGGAACCAAAGUCUAGGAAAUUGCAUGAAGAAGAAACACUCUGGUUUUGUAUUAAAUAUAUCUAUUGGGAUUGCCUUGUUUUCGGCUUUUGCUGUUGUGGUGAUUGCAGUUGCUUUGAAAAGAUCAGGAAGAGUCUCAGCCAGGGCUAGGCUUGCUAAGGCAAGAGAAGACAUUCUAAAAUCAAACAAUGGUGGAAAACCGGCCAGGAUGUUUUGUCUUAAGGAGAUGAAGAAAGCUACAAAUGGAUUCUCAAAAGACAAAAUCUUGGGCCAUGGUGGUUUCGGAGAAGUUUAUAAAGGCGAGCUUCACGAUGGAACGAUUGUAGCAGUAAAGUUAGCCAAAGUGGGAAAUGUCAAGAGCACUCAACAAGUACUCAAUGAAGUUGGGAUCCUUUCUCAAGUCAAUCACAGGAACCUGGUCAAGCUUUUAGGGUGCUGCAUAGAAGCUGAACAGCCUUUGAUGAUUUACGAAUACAUUUCCAACGGAACCCUCCACGAUCAUCUUCAUGGUAAGUACUCCACCUUUCUUGACUGGAAAACAAGGUUGAAAAUUGCUUCACAAACUGCAGAAGCAUUGGCUUAUCUUCACUCAACUGCUUACCCUCCCAUCUACCAUAGAGAUGUCAAAUCUACAAACAUACUCCUGGAUAACGAAUUCAAUGCCAAAGUUUCCGACUUUGGGAUAUCAAGAUUGGCUUGUCCAGGGUUGAGUCAUGUGUCCACUUGUGCUCAGGGUACAUUAGGUUACUUAGACCCUGAAUAUUUUCGCAACUACCAGCUAACCGAUAAAAGUGAUGUUUACAGCUUUGGGGUUGUGUUACUAGAAUUUCUUACUUCUCAGAAGGCAGUUGACUUCUCACGAGACGAAAAUAGUGUCAACUUGGUCUCUUAUGUCAUUCAGCAAGAAAACCACGGUUCAGUUAUGGAUGUAGUGGACAGGCGCUUGCUUGGCGAGGAGCCUUUGACUAAUGUAACUACUGGUAUGGACUCGUUCUUGGCGCUUGCACUUUCGUGUUUAAGAGAAACGAAGACAGAGAGACCCUGCAUGAAAGAUGUAGUUCAGCAACUUCACUGCAUAAGUGAAAUAGUUGAUCAAGAAGAGCCUAUUGAGGUUAGUUAGAAGUAUCAUAGUCCUAGAAGAAAAAAAAAUGUCACUGGUCUUGAUCUUUUAAAAUUCAUAUUCGUGUAAAGAAGAAUUUUAUAAAAGGCAUGGAUCUUUUUGUUGUACUUUGAGG